AUGAAAUAUCGGAUUUCAUUUUUUAGGACAACUGGAAUCUUGUGCAUGUUCAAGACUCCGGAAGAGGAACAGGCUUAUCAAAGUUGUCUAAAGAAUAUGCAGACUUAUAGCCCGGAGCAUUUAGAUUUGUCUGAAACAAAAUCAGAUUUGUUUAAUAGAGUCUUGAACUACAGUGAAAAACCACACGCUCUUCUAUAUGACAAGAGUGGAGGUGUUCUUUUUGCACAUAAAUGCGUUUUGACAAUUCAGGAUUUGUUCAUCGCAAAAGGUGGGCAUUUGUGGCACAAUUGCGAAGUGAUGGACAUUGUACCAGAAGGUAAUCAUAUAGAAAUCAAUACUUCUGAGCAACGUCUCUUAGUUCCAUCAGUGAUUGUGUGCGUAGGUGCAUGGACGAAGAAGUUGCUCGUUCCAAACCUCAUGCCUGAUCUACCCCUAAAGCCAAUAUUAGUGAAAGCAUAUUAUUGGAAGGAGAAAGAGGGUGGAGUUCAUAGUUCUAAAGCUGGUUUCCCUGUAGUUAUUGACAUUGGAGGUGAUGCAGAUAUCUACACUAUACCUAGUAUCGAAUAUCCUGGACUGGCAAAAGUGUGUUAUCAUGGAGGACCUAUGUGUGAUCCAGACAAAAGAGACCAAUCAGCAUCAUAUGUGGAGUAUGAACAAAUUUUGAAAGAUCAUGUCACUAAACAUUUACCUCUUUUAGAAGCAGAACCAGCUAUUGUGGAGACCUGCAUGUAUACGCUGACUCCAGAUGAGGUUUUUCUCCUUGAUAGAGUGCCUGGACACAAGAAUAUAAUAAUAGGAUCAGGAUUUUCCGGAACAGGUUUCAAAACUUCUCCUGCUGUAGCAAGACUUUUAAGCGAAAUGGCCACUGGACAGCAAACUUUUCUGGAUCUCGCUCCUUUCAGGUUAAGCAGAUUUGAUGACAACUGAAAUAAACAUUCAGAAGAAUAUCAAACUGUAUUUGGCAAUUUUGUUUCAUAAAGUGAAUCUGAAAAUAAAAUUUUUUCAUUUUGAAAA